CAUCGCUUCUCUCGAACACGAUUCCCCAAUCAAUCGCCCCACCAUAUUUUAGCCCUAGAAACACCACGACGCGCAAUCCAUCCACCCCGCAAUUCUACUCCCUCUCAAAUCCUCCAUCGCCGCAGCACUUCGAGCUUCGAGGCCGAGGAGGGGGAGCGCGACAAGCCCGCGGGAAGGGAGUCCACCAUGGCGGAUCUGCUGAGGAGGGAGGAGGAGUUCUACGCCUCCUUGUUCGACUCCCCCAAAGGCGGCGAUGCCGUCAAGUCGCGUGGGCAGAUGAUUGAGAGGAAGAUUGAAGUUCUUGAGGACAUGGCCACCAAGGUUAGUAACCGGAGAUCUCGUAGGUGGUUGAAUGAUCGCUUGCUCAUUGAACUUGUCCCCCGUCUUCAUGUUGAAGAAAUCAAAGGCCUUUUUGCUCCUCCACCAUGGGGUGAGGAACUGCCCGUUUCUGCAUUUUGUAGGACAAGUGAUGGUGAAUGGGAUGCCUUCAGGAGUAUUGACAUGGACGUUGAGGCACGAUUGAUGCAACAGAUGAAACAAUCUUCUACAAAACAGAAGAAUCAUGUGGACAGCGAUGAAUUGAUUGCUCUCAAUGCUUGGCAUCGUAUAGAUCGCCAAACAAGAGAAGCCAUAAAGAGAAAUUUCCUCCCAGAUCUGCUUGACAUAUAUGAGGACCGAAUUAGGGCCUUCAUUGAAGAUGCUAGUGGUAAAGAUGUGCUUGUACUGAAUGUCCAGGAUCCGUUUCAGAGGUUGCUUCUGCAUGGUGUAUGUGAGUUCUAUAACGUAUCAUCUACAACCACGACUACCAUGAGAGAUGGAAAGCUGUGGAAGACGACAACAAUUAAGAGGAGACCGGGAACCGGUGCUCCCUCCAGGCUCACAUUAGUUAGCUUUCUGAGGAUGAAGAAGAACGGAUCCCAGUAACAUGUGGUUGCUUCAGGACCAGAAGCAAGAAUUUAUCAGAUGCUUACUGCUGUGCCAUGUAUUGGCACAGGCGAUCCUAAAUCGGCUAAACGUGCCGAUUUAGGUUCUAUUUAGGAUGUACACAUGUAAAUUAUCAUCUAUGUUUUCAUUUGAUCAUUUGAUAACAUUUUUAACAUGUUUGAAUGCAAGAGAUUGGGUCACUGGUUGUGACUUCCAAAUCCUGGUGGUGUUAAUUUGCAUUAGAGUUGGAUUAA